AUGGCGCCGCUGACGCGCUAUCGCGCCUCGGACGAGCACGUGCCGAUCGCGGACCUGGUGGCGACCCACUACGCGCAGCGGGCCGCCUCGCUACCGGGGACGCUGCUGGUGACGGAGGCGACCCUCAUCUCGCCGUCGGCGGGCGGCUACGACAACGUGCCGGGCAUCUACAACGCCGACCAGGUGGCGGCGUGGCGUCGCGUCACCGACGCCGUGCACGCCAAGGGCGGCUACAUCUUCUGCCAGCUCUGGGCGCUCGGCCGCACCGCCAACCCGGCCGUCGCCGCCCGCGAGGGGAUCCGCAUCCACUCGUCUAGCGCGGUGCCCCUGCCGGUGCCCCUGCCGGGGGUCGAGAACGCGCCCGUGCCCGAGGCCCUGACGGUGGAGGAGAUCAAGGAGCGGGUGCGCGAGUACGCGGACGCGGCGCGCAGGGCCGUCGAGGCCGGCUUCGACGGCGUCGAGAUCCACGGCGCCAACGGCUACCUGAUCGACCAGUUCAUCCAGGACACGGUCAACCGGCGGACGGACGAGUACGGCGGCAGCGUGGAGAACCGGUCGCGCUUCGCGCUGGAGGUGGUCCGGGCCGUCAUCGACGCGGUCGGCGCCGAGAGGACCGCCAUCCGGCUGAGCCCGUGGUCGCGCUUCCAGGGCAUGAGGAUGGACGAUCCCGUCCCGCAGUUCUCGCACCUCAUCUCCAAGCUCAACGAGUUCGGCCUCGCCUAUCUCCACCUGGUGCAAGCCCGGGUGAGCGGGAACGCGGACGUCACCCCGCCGGAGGACGAGACCCUGGACUUUGCCCUCAGGCUGUGGGACCGCCCGGUCCUGAUCGCCGGCUCGCUCACACCCCGGGACGCCAAGGCUCUGGUGGACAAGGAGUAUCCGGACAAGGACGUGAUCACCACCUUUGGGAGGUACUACAUCUCGACUCCGGACCUGCCGUUCCGCAUCAAGGAGGGCAUCGACCUGAACCCGUACGACCGGUCGACCUUCUAUAUCCCCAAGUCGCCGGUCGGGUACAUCGACCAACCGUUCAGCAAGCAGUUUGAGGCCUUGCACGGAUCUCAAACCGUAGCGCUGAAUUAA